AUGACUAUGGCGGUCGGAUUCUUGUCGCUUCCUACAGAGCUCAUAUGUCACAUUCUAAUCCUUCUCAACCCCAGGGACAUUAUUCGCUGUGCAAUGACCUGCAAUAUCUUUUGGCUUGCGGUCCGGAAUUCUGUCUACAUUCAAUGCAAGCUUGAAAUUUAUGCUCAAAGCUUGAUUAAUACUGGGACCGCUACCACGAAUUCGACCGGCGUUGCCAGAAAGACUUUGUGUUCGCUCAAGAAAUUGGCAUCUUUGUGGCGAUCUGACUUCCAUGCGACCACUACCUUUGAAACAGUGGUCACUACUGCUGCCACAUGGGAAAGCACGUUACCGAUACAAGAUGUGAAAUGUGGGCUUUGGUGGUCACACUCGCUGGGCGAAAAUAAAUUCUACAUUCAGGGUUGCGACUCGAAUCCUACACUCUCCCGGACAUGGUCUAUCGGUGAUGUCGAGGGCUUUCUUACUACCUUCGACCCUCUGCAGGAUCUUAUGGUUGUGUGUUCUGAGCAUGAUUAUUAUGUCGCUGUGACCGAUGCAACACAAGAUUACCAUGUCUGUUGGGUGGAGUUCCGACUGGCUUCGUCCCAGCAUCCACAUCCGAGUGCUGAGUGCACUUCCUUGGAGUGCAAGCAUACCUUUGAUGCACCUGGCGAUUACCGUGCUGCUUUGUCACCGCCUGUAAUCUGUGGUGAUCGCGUAUUUAUCCUCUAUUACAUAGAGAACACAGCGGAUGACUGCCAUCCUGAGCCUGUGUCCGGCAUGUUCAUACAAGUGAUCAAUUGGAGGAAGGGAUAUGUGAAUAGGCAUUUUUUAUGUCGAUUGGGUGUCUGCGAGUUAGAUCUUUUCUAUCUAGUUGAUGAACAGAAGCUUGUCGUCAUUGGCCCAGAAGGCUCGAUAUACUUGUACACGUUACAAGGGCUCAAUGGGUCGCCCCAGUGCCGAAUCAUAUAUCACCUUCCCAAGAUCUUCCAUCUAUCAUUGUACAACUGCCAGGUCAAGGUUCAUGGCCACCCGUCACUGCAUGGCAAAGCAGCACGCCCAGGACUCAUGCCGAGUUAUGUGCCCUCCCUGGAGUCACAGAUUAUGGUUUUAGAGUUUCUUCCCAAAGCGGGGAAAGCUAUCCUAGUCAUCGAUAUGGCCAUCUUCUCUGACAUGGCCCUGCGCUCAGAUAUGCUCGUCGAGAUUCCCUGGUCAGAUUGGGGACCUCAGUAUGCGUCCUACUUUCCGCACCACGAAAGCUACGAUAUCAGCGUGUUUGGCAGCAAAAUGGCCUAUGCUCUUCCCCAAGAUCAUAUCCCGAAUCCUGGUCAAACACUGGAAGGGCUCUCCAGUGAGGGUUACUUCUAUGUGCAUAUCUGGGACUUCAAUAAGCGAGUCAUUGCUCGUUCGGAAUGUGUCAACGAUCCUGACUCACCGGAUCUUCGCAUUUGCAAGCCGGGUCGGAUGAUUGACUCCUUUGGUGAAGAUAUCGUCUCGAAUCGUGCAUACAUUGCAACAGUCUGUCGUACGCCAUUUCCGACAGCUGGCUCCAGGAUGUUCUUGGAACAGGAUCAGCUUACUGUGACAUCGGCUCGGCAACAUGAGAUUAGUAUUCAGGUCAUUUCCCCCAUCCAGACAGAUAUUGGCUCGGACCUUACAGAACAGACAGUUUGGAGUAAAACGGUGGGACUCAGCGACGCCGAUGUAGUUUUAUGA